UAUGAUUGGCUAGCAGACUCAGGAACAACAUCACACAUUACUAAGAUUCAAUCCGCAUUGACGGACUAUGUCCCAUUAAAAUGUCAUAAGGUAACCUGCAAGCUUAAAAAUGUCCUAUAUGUACCACGUGCCUCAAAUAACCUCGUGUCUAUCACAUGUUUAGACCGAGAAGGAGGACACGCUAUAAUGAAAAAAGGAAAAGUAACCUUGAAAGUGCGCGGGAAGCGCACAAUUGCUGAAGGGAAGCUAUACAAUGGAUUAUAUCUAUUAGAG